CAGUAAAAAGCCUUGUGCUCUUUUCCACUUCGUCUUCCUCCUGCGAACAGUCCAACCCCUCCGCCUCCGCCUCUGCAGUCCGCCGCCGGCGGCCGGCGGAUGGCCGCCUCCCGCCGCCUCGCGCGAAAGCUCCCGUCUCUCAUCUCCAAGCACCAGCGCCUCAUCUCGCCGGAGAUCGAUGUCGAGCAAGCCGCCGAGAGCCCCGCGUCGUCGUCGUCCAUCCCGCUCGACCCCUCCCUGCCCAUUCUCCCGCUCGCCGUCUCCCACCUCUCGCCGCCGAGCCCUCUCCCGGCGCUCCCCUCGGUGCACGCGUCCACCCCGGCCGCGCUCCUCCGCAUCCUCCGCCGCGCGCGGCACCACCCGCGCCUGGCGGCGCUCGACCUCCACCUCCUCCUCGCGGCCGCGUCCGACUCCCCGGCCUUCCGCCCCGACCACCGCCUCACGUCACUGCUCGCCUCCCGCCUCGCGGAAUCCCGCCGCCUCCCCUCGCUCCGCCGCCUCCUCGAGCUCGUCCUCUUCCGCCCCUGCCCCUGCACCGACGACUCCAUCUUCGCCUGCCCCGAGCUCCUCCCCACAUUCCGCAAGGCCAUCCUCGCCUUCGCCGCCUCCGGCGACAUCCCCGCCGCGUCUGACGCCCUCGCGUCCCUCCGCCGCGCCGCUGAUUCACCUCUCCCCGCCGAAUUCUACAACAUCAUCCUCCACGCACUCGCCCGCCUCCGCCGCCACGAAGACACCGUCCGCUUCUACGGCGAGAUGACCUCCACCCACCGCGUCCAUCCGGAUGUCUACACCUUCAACAUUCUCAUCAACAGCUCCUGCCGCGCUGAAGGCGUUGAUGCUGCGAUGCGCUGGUUUCAGGAGAUGCGACGUUGGAGCUGUUCACCGACUGGUGUGAGUUUCAAUACUCUGAUGCGUGGGUUCUUCAGAGAAGGAAGGUGCAAGGAGGGCAUUAAGGUUGCACGCGAGAUGCUUCAGCUUGGAUUUGGGCUAUCGGUUGCAUCCAUGGAGAUCAUGAUCAAUGGGUUGUGCCGUGGUGGGGAGCCUCUGAAGGCGGCCGAGGUUUUCAUCGAGUUUUUGGUCGAUGGAGUGGUGCCGGAAGGGUUUGAUUGCUUGGAUCUGGUUGAGUCUCUGUGCCGUGUUCGGAAUGUGGAGAAAGCAGUGGAAGUGGUGGAGUUGAUACUGGAAAGGAAUUGGGUAUCCUGCUUGGGUGUCCCUGCUGGUGUAACGGUUUUGGAGUGCCUGAUGAAGGAGGGGAAGCUGGACAAAGCAUGCCAGAUGAUGGGGAGGAUGGUUGCUGCGGAGAUAGUUCCGGAUACCAUUUCUUGUAACUAUAUUUUUGAGGCGCUCUGUGAAGCUGGGAGGACAGUGGACGCAAACAGGCUGAGGCUGCAGGCUAAAGAGAAAGGUUUUCAGGCUGAUGGCUUUACAUACAGCAUCAUUGUGCAGGGCUUUGGGAGGCAGGGAAUAAGGAAAGAGGGGGAGGCUGUAUUGGAUGAAAUGCUGGAUGCAGGAUAUGUACCAAACAUUGCGACUUACAAUAGGCUGCUUGAUGGCUUACACAUGGGGAGAUCUAUGCAAUUACAACAAAAAUGUUCAAGGCAUAGGAAUGCAGCAAACUGAAAGAAUAUCAUAGAGAUGAAGAAGCUAGCUUGGAUUUCAGAGAGAUGCUAGAUGAUACCUUCUCAAUUGCUCUGAUACAGGCUCUUUCAUGUGUGAUGUUAAUCAUAUCUGGCUAUCGGCAAACAAAUUGAGUAUUUUUAUCUAUCUUCAUGCACAUUUUAUGUUUAUUCUGUUAAUCACUUUGCUUAGAUUCCUAGUAAGGCCUUCUAUGGAACAAAGGAAAAAAAAGGUUGUCAGGGUUGUUUAAUUUAUAUUAUCUUAGGUUGUAAUGUUUUAUCUGUAUACCGUCCAGUGGUCAGUUUUAGGUUUUUACACAGAUGCAGCCUAGAUAAACCAGAAUUUGCUAAAGAAAGUUAAAUCUGAUUUUUUAAUAGUGACGUUGAGCAUUGGUUUUGUAAUUACUUCAUUUACCUCCCGGCGUAAUUACUUCAUUUACCUGUUUUGAGUACCACUUGGAUUUUUUUUCAGGGAUCAUAAACCACAUUUUUAUAGCAUUUUUAUGCAUGUCUCUAUCAGUAAAUUUGGUAUGGAUUUGAAAUGUAUCAUCCCCUCAGUUAUCUUGGCUCCAAGAACUGAAUAGGAAUAACUUUGUAGGAACCUUGCCUAAGCAACGAAGGGUCAAAUAUUUCAUGAACUCGUCCUUUUCUUUUCAGGAGCUUGAGAUCAGAGAUCAAUCAGCACCGGUCUGCCACAGCAACCAUCCAAGCCUGAGCUGCGCGUGGCCACUGCCAAACGAGUUGCAACUGCACUAGGCCGAGGAGGCUGCCGUUGAGUUGCUGCUCAGGAUUUCCAGUAAGAUGUUUCCUUGCGAACACGCUGGCGGUGGUGGCAAUGUGGAUUCAGUCAUCAAUGAUGGGAAAUUGGGAACGACAUCAGAGGCAACAAGUACUGAACUCUGCAAGAGCCUCAGAAUUUUCUGAAGGGAAAGGAUGUGAGGAUGGUAUCUUGUGCCUGUGAAUGUGACAAGCAAUGAAGCAAAUCCCUGGAAGUUUUGACAUCGGCUUCACCCAAAAACCCGUUGUCACAUCAGGUACCAAAAAGUUUUGGCAAAUAUAUUACAAGAUGAUCUUGUCAAUCUUUCAUAUGUUGGAUAGAAAUGCUUUAAUUUUGGUCGCUUCAGAGAUCAUGCAUCUACUUGUGACGUUGGCUGGCAUGCAUGGCUAUUUGGUCAUAUUGGUUAUGUGUACUUUCGGUGGUUGAGCAUUUCAUUCAAUUAUCAUUUUUAGAUUAUUGUUGUUCUAACAUAUGCAGAAAUUCUGAAGUAGAGCAAAGUAUUCUUGUUUUCAUCUA